AAUACCAAAUGCGUGCAUUUUAAUUGAAUUAUAUUCUGAAACUGUGAUUAGUGUGUUUUUGGUAUUCGAUUAUAUUCACUAAUAUAUUAACUAAUUGUUUCUGUUGAGGAUUAUGUCCGAAAUACUUAAAUUUGAUUUAAUUAUUGUUGGUGGUGGAUGCUCUGGAUUAAGUACCGCUCUUCAUCUAUUAAAACAAAAUUUUUUAGGAACGAUUGGCCUAAUUGAAGCAAGAGAUCGUCUCGGUGGCCGUAUAUGGACAAGUAAAACUAAAAUCGAAGAAAAAAAAAUUGAAAUCGGUGCCAAUUGGAUCCAUGGUAUCAUUAAUAAUCCAAUCUAUGAAUUAUUAUAUCGAAAAAGAAUCAUCGAUUCGAGUAUUGAAUCGAAUAAAAGUGUUUAUAAUAUUCAGGCAAAAAUAUGUCAAAAUGGAAAUGAUAUUGACACUGUUUGGAUACGUAAAGUAUAUGAAGCUUAUUCAACGAUUCUAAAAGGAACUACUCGAUUUUGCAAUGACGGAAAAUUGGAAGAAAUUAAAUUUUAUAAGGAUUCUAUGGGAAAGUAUAUUGAAAAUGAAGUCAAUAAAUGGAUCGAAACUGAAAUUGAUUCCGAAUCAAAUUUCCGUCCCAUUGUUCGUAGCCUAUUCAAAUCAUUGAUCAAACGAGAAACAUGUAUCAGUGGAUGUAAUUCGUUGGACGAUGUUAGUCUACAAUAUUUUGAUCAAUAUAAAGAAUAUCUAGGUCCACAUAUAACCAUUCCAUUGGGUUAUGAUUCGUUGAUAAAUGUCCUUCUAAAUGACAUUGAAGAAAUUGAUAACGAUCAAAAUAGAUUUCAUUAUUUUCUCGAUUCUCCAAUCAAACAGAUCCAAUGGCCUGGGCUUACCAAAACAACCAACUAUGUUAAUGAUAAUGUUGACAGUAAAAACAUUGCGGAUACAUUUCCAAUCAGAAUCGAAAGUUCCAAUGGAACUAUUUACGAAUGUGAACAUCUUGUUUUAACAUUGACACUUGGUUGUCUAAAGAAAUAUGCUCAUAAUCUAUUUGAUCCACCAUUGCCUGAAUAUAAAAUUGAUUGUAUAAAACGAAUGGGCAUCGAUAUUGUUGAUAAAAUUUUUAUGGAAUAUUCUUCUAAAAGUACUAUAUUUGAUGCUUUCACAAAAGAUGGCGAUACCAUCGAUGAAAUAAUGCUAUUAUGGGAUGAAAAUGGUGAUGAUGAUCAACCAAUAGAGGAAACUGAUACAAUUCAAACCAAACAACAACCAUGGUAUAAAAAAAUCUAUUCGAUUUAUCGUAUUUCCGAUCAUUGUAUACAACUUUGGGUUUCGGGAAAAGAGGCUGAAAUAGCUGAAAAAAUGAAUGAAAAUGAAAUCAAUGAUCAAUUAACUGAACAAUUUCGUAGAAUAUUUAAAAAUUCAAAUUUUCCACGUGCAGAUAAUGUUAUUAUAACCCGAUGGGGAAUGGAUCAAUAUUCAUUAGGAUCAUAUAGUUUUAUUAGUAAAGAUUCAUCACCAGAUGAUAUUGAAAAAUUAUCAAAACCUAUCUAUCUACGACCAAAUGAUGAAUUGCCUGCAAUCGUUUUUAGCGGAGAAGCAACACAUAAGGAAUAUUUUUCAACUGUACAUGGAGCUUUUCUAUCCGGAAUUGAUGCUGCGAAAAAUUUUAUUACUCAAAAAUGUUGAUUUUUUUUGUUGGAAAAUUUUAAAUAAAAAAAUUU